AUGCCUGCAUCAAGGGAGGUGCUGUAUAAUAAGCUCCGGCAGGGCUUCCCUGCCACCACGCUGCAGGAUAUCCAGCGCGGCGUGAGCAGUGCCGUCAGUCUGAUGCAGAGCAGCCUACAGCAGGGCAAGUUCAACACGCUGGGCAUCGAGAGCGCUGAGGACGCCAAGGCAUCCUUCCAUCCACCUAAUGCACUGACACUGAAUAAUGUGGAAGUGUGCAGUGAUAACAUCAUCACCCUAAAGAAGAACCUGCAGGUCAAGCCCUGGAUCAGCAACUUCCUGUCCAUCUCGCACAACAUUGAGGAGGAAGAGUUUAACGAGUACGAGGCUAACGAUCCGUGGGUCCAGCAGUUCAUCGUCAACCUGGAGCAGCUGAUGGCUGAAUUCAAGGCGGGACUGUCCCCAGUCAUCUAUGACACACUGACCAGCCUGAUGACCAGUCUGAUCUCCUUGGAGAUGGAGAAGGCGGUGCUGAAAUGCACCUUCAGCAGGUUGGGGGGACUGCAGUUUGAUAAGGAGCUGCGCUCUCUCGUGGCCUAUCUGACCACCGUCACCACCUGGACCAUCAGAGACAAGUUUGCCCGGCUCACACAGAUGGCCACCAUCCUCAACCUGGAGCGGGUGACAGAAAUUCUGGACUACUGGGGUCCCAAUUCCGGCCCCCUGACCUGGCGGCUGACCCCUGCGGAGGUACGGCAGGUGCUGGCUCUCAGAAUGGACUUCCGCAGCGAGGACAUCAAGAGACUGCGGCUGUGAACUCUGACCUCUGGAGCCGCGCCUCCCUAGCCUGAGCACAGUGACUGUCCGGUCUUUUUCCCA